GCAGUGAGUUCCUAGAUCCUUUCUCUCGUAGCCGGGUUGCGCGCUGGCAAUGCGCACUACAGCUGCUCAGAAGCCACGGGAGCAGGCCUGCAGACGAUGCAAAAUAAAUCGAAGAAGACUGCCAAAGUGUAUUGCGUUGUCGGCCGUUGGUGAUGUUAUAACCGUGUUCGCUGCGGCCAUUUUAAGUGAUUUUACUUUCAGACCACGUUUUUAAUGCUGUUGAAGGUCGCAGUGUUCAGCUGAAAGCUGGGAAACGUUGUAUGGAGAUAGAGGUGUGCCGCGGAGCGCGCGAGGACGUGUGAAGCGGUUGAACGUCAGGGGCGCUGCUAGCGUGGACCUGAGCCGCCGCUGACUGCAUCUACACUCUUGAGAACCACCGGCUGCACGCUGUUUGUCGACGCGACGCCCGCAACCUGUCCAAGAUUUGCCAGCCAUUCCGAGACGGCUGCGAACUGCUGGGUGUGUGCCUCGUAGCGGCGGCCAGGAGCGUCACCGGCCACCUGUAUGGCACGUGCGUCUCGCCGCCCCCGCCGCCUCCGCCCCCGCCGCCCCACCUCGGCACCAUGGUGAAGACGUUCCAGGCCUACCUGCCGAACUGCCACCGCACCUACUCGUGCAUCCACUGCCGCGCGCACCUGGCCAACCACGACGAGCUCAUAUCGAAGUCCUUUCAAGGUAGCCAGGGGAGAGCAUAUCUCUUCAAUUCAGUGGUGAACGUUGGCUGUGGGCCGGCAGAAGAGCGAGUGCUGCUCACCGGGCUGCACGCGGUCGCAGACAUCUACUGCGAGUGCUGCAAGACCACGCUCGGCUGGAAAUACGAGCAUGCAUUUGAAUCGAGCCAGAAGUACAAGGAGGGCAAGUACAUCAUCGAGCUUGCCCACAUGAUCAAGGAGAAUGGGUGGGACUGAGAGUCGGCCCGGUCCGGCCCCCCGCCGCCCAUAUGGUCGGACCACUGGGCCGACUGCUAGGCCGGACCACCUUUGUGAUAAAACUGAGCACGUCAAGUGAACCGAGUGUGUCGCUGUCUUGUCUUGGGACCUCUCCGCACCGCGAGGGGAUGUGAACAAUUAUAUUAAUGGUGUUUGUCACUAGGAUCGAUUGAAGUUGCACGCAUCUCAUUGUGUAUGUAUCUCAUUGUGUAUGUUUAAAACAGUAUAAGCGAAAAAAACAUCUUUUACCAAAGCAAGAUGUCGGAAUUAUGGCUUUUUACAAUAUUAACAUUUGUUGUUACAAUAAUAACAAAAAAAUGCCUUUUAGGUAAGUUUUUUUGGGAUUUGUCCAGCACUAUUCGGUUUAUUUUAUUGUAAUAAGUGUUUUAAUGUGAAGAAAUCAUUUGCUCUGUGGUAAUUGUACAUUAUGAAGGGUUCGUAGGACCAAGGUGAUUGGUCGCUUAAGAGUCGGGGGAUGAGCACGUGAGGUUGUAAGAAGUGCAACUGGAAGGCACUUGGUAGAUCUGAUUAGUCAUGUUUGUUUUUUGAAUGUGUACUUAUUUUGUGCCAAUACAACUACAGCAACUACUCUCUGGCAUGCUUACAGGGAACAAGGACUGAAAGGGUAGUUAAUAACACCGCGUGAGCAUUGAUCAUGUCUGUCAGCCAGACACCAGAAACCCGACCUUCAUGGAGAAAUUGUUGGCUGUACAUAUGGUAUUUAUAAUUUGGCAGGUUUGGUACUGUGUAAAAAAAAUCAAUUAGCAACAUGUAUGUCAAGGAAUAAGUUAUUUAUAAUUUUAUGAUAAUGUCUACAUUCCUUUUAUUUAGUAAAUAUCUUCUUUUUUUAAUUUUGUACUGAGGGGAAGGUAAUGGUGGCGCUCUCUAAAAAUAUCAUCGUUCAAGAUGAAUGGUGGAGAUAAUUUGCUCACUCUAUUUAGACUUGUUCCUGCAUGCUAGGCGAGCUUAUUUGGGCUUCUGCGGGAGCGUUGUAGGUAGCAAUCAUUUUUUUAUACUACUGUGACAGUCUGCGUAGGUGUAGAGGAGGUGUUUUGUAAAUUUGCAAGUCGGCUUGCGGUACUUGCGAGCACUUUGUCGCAAGCUUUAGCUAAAUGUGAUAUAGCUGGCAGUUUGUUUCUUUCAUGUGAGGCAGAAUUUUCAUCACCCUUGUAGAAAACACACACUUUGAAUUGGACUUUGUUUGUACUUAAAAACCUUUUCACAUUUCUCCCUCUGAUGAAACAUUUCAAAACUAUUUAAUUGUCUCAAUUAACCAGAUGUAUAAAGGUGCAUAAUCAGUCAUACACAUGAGCAAUAGAUAUAGUGACACAGUUAUAUUGUAUUGUAAGUACUUGGUAAAAUUCUGUUCUGCGGAAAGAAAUGCUAAAUCUGCCAUCACUUUUUUAAUAUAAACCCAGUCUAGUCUUUCAGUCCGCGCAUAAAGCACGUCUUUCAUUCUUUCAGUUCUUUAUGUUCUUGAAACUAUUUAGUUAGAACUCUUGGUGUGUAUUUUCCUUUGGAAGUUUUUCCCCUUCAAAUUCUUAAGUAUUCACAGUACCUAUUAUAAACUUUAUUUUCUACAAUCAAUUUGAAAAAUUUUAAUGUUAUGGUUUUACAUAAAUUUGUUAGUUAAAGGCAGGAAUGAACUUGCAAGAUUUUAUGUUAUAACUCAAUUUUUAAUUGAAUAUGAACAUAAAGAAACUAGUUCUCAUAUGGGUUGUAAUAUUUGGACUGUGUUUCAUUUAUGAAUUAUAUAUUCCAUUUGCUUACAGGAUUACUUAUUUUAGCCUGAUUAUAAGUUUGUUUUAAUAUGUUUAGUGUUGAUGUAUUUUUUCAUGUAUCUUUUACUGUAUAGUGUUUGUUUGCAAGCUAAUAGAGUUAAUAGUAAUCUUGUUAAAAAGUAUUUUAGUUUUUCGUGGUAGACUGAAUGGAGAAAGUGAUUCUAUGCCUAGUUACUGUUCAGCUAAUCUUUCAAUUACAUACAUAUGUGUAUUUUUCAAA